GCCGAGACAGCCAUAAAACCUUAAAACUAUAGAUCAUAACAAACUUCAUACGAAGAAGAACAAACGCAAAACAACAAUCAAUAUAUUUUUGUGAAUGCAUUAGGUUUUAUAUGAUUUUUCCUAAAAACUUUUACUUGUGUAAACAAAAUUACGGUUCAACGUUGAAACAAAUUAGUUAUGAAUGAACAUAGUAAACAUUCGGUGGAAGUGAAAACUGAAAAGCAAGAUGAGCGUCAGCAAACUUCAAACGCAAAUGGUGGUGGAUCGCAAGAGACAACUCGACAGGAUAGUAUUGAAAGGAUCCUGCAACGCAAGCAGCGGGUUUAUCAGUUACCGCGUAAUCAAAAACUAACUAAACUGUCGAUGUACUCGGCUUGUCAGGGAACGGAUUGCCGGUGCACCGGCUGGAAGACUCCAGAAGAAAAUCGUCACAAGGAUGUGGAGGUUGAUUACUGCCCUAGUUUCAAAGAGGAAUGUCGGAAUCCCAACUGCAAGCAUACACUGGAAAUGCAUAUUACUCAUUUGGGAGAUAUUAAUGAAGAUCAAAUCAAUGAGCUGCUCGGCGCUAUUGUAGAUGUGGAAAAUCUUUAUAUGAGCAUGUUACGGGAAACUGACACGGAUACAAAAAAAGUUUAUGCCUAUUUAUUUCGGCUGUUAAGGCAAUGCAUUUUGACUAGAGCACAGGCUGUCAUUCGAGGUCCACUGGGUGAUCCUCCAUUUGAGCAUCCUUCAAUUUCGAAAGCAGUUACAAAUUUUGUUCUUCAUAAAUAUAGUCAUUUGAAUCCAGGAGAAUUAGAAACCAUGACUGAAGUUGCAAAGACAUUUUUGCAUUGUUUGAAUCAUUGGAAUUUUGAGGCGCCAAGUGCUCGAAAGGAUUUAAGCCAUGAGGAUGCUUCGAACUACAAAAUAAAUUAUACUCGUUGGCUGGUGUUUUGUCACGUGCCGGCAUUUUGUAGUUCUUUGCGGCAUUUCGAAACUUCUAUAGUGUUUGGACGUACCUUACUUAAAGCAGUGUAUCAGUAUGUUUAUCAGCAGCUGUUGACUAAGUGUAAAACCGAGAGGGACAGGAUGCCACCGGAGAAAAGAAAUAUGCUGGCUCAGUUGCCAAAGUUUUUGGAGGCUUUGAAACAUGAAGUGGUCAGUGAAGAAUCUCAGAUAUGGGAUUCAAACUUCAAACCAACAGCAUCUCUGAUGCUGCAAAAAAGUAAGCGCCAACAUGAGGCAGCAGUUUCGAGUAGUAGUAAGAAAAUUAAUGAUUUGAAACGAUAUAAGCGAGAUUCUGACUGCGAAGAUUUACCGGAUGAAGUAGUAGUGAGGGCUUUGAAACGAAUCAAUGAUUCUAACUAUACAAGCCGUACAGAAGUGGUAUUUCCUCCUAACGCUCCGCGCGAUGAAGCUGCAAAAGCGGAAGAAAAUCGCCGUGAAAUUGAAUUUCAUGUAGUUGGUAAUUCGUUGACCAAACCGGUUACCAAGGAAUCCAUGCUUUGGUUGUUAGGAUUACAUAGCGUUUUUGCACACCAAUUACCUGGUAUGCCUCGGGAAUAUAUAAGCCAGCUAGUUUUUGAUCCAAAACACAAAACAUUAGCACUCAUAAAAGAUGGCAGACCAAUAGGAGGUAUUUGUUUUCGCACAUUUGCUUCACAAGGUUUCACAGAGAUAGUUUUCUGCGCGGUCACCAGCAGCGAGCAGGUGAAAGGCUAUGGGACACAUUUAAUGAAUCAUUUGAAAGAUUACAGUACUCAAAGAGGCAUUAAACAUUUUCUCACCUAUGCCGAUGAGUUUGCUAUAGGCUAUUUCAAAAAGCAGGGAUUUUCCAAAGAUAUAAAGGUGGCACGGCAUGUCUAUGCAGGGUAUAUAAAAGAGUAUGAGGGAGCUACACUGAUGCAUUGUGAGUUGCAUCCUAGCCUGAUUUACACCCAGUUUAGUUCGGUGAUCCGCAAGCAAAAAGAAAUUGUAAAAGAGUUGAUAGCGCAGCGCCAACAGGAAGUUCAGAAAGUACAUCCUGGUCUAACUUGCUUUAAAGAAGGGUUGCGAAGUAUUCCAAUUGAAUCAAUACCUGGACUUCGAGAAGUUGGGUGGAGACCUCAGUUCCGUGCUCAGCGUACCUCUAGACCACUGGAGGAGUCAGCUGAUCCUGACAAACUAGCAAAUGCCCUUAGCGGUGUGUUGCAGUCUGUACGGCAGCAUUCGGCCGCUUGGCCAUUCUUGAAGCCGGUGAAUCCGGUCGAGGUUCCGGAUUAUUAUGAUCACAUCAAAUACCCCAUGGAUUUGAAAACGAUGGGGGAGAGGCUUAAAAAUAAGUAUUACGUUGCACGAAGAUUAUUCAUGGCAGAUAUGGCGCGAAUUUUCACUAAUUGUCGAUUAUAUAACUCACCAGAGACUGAAUAUUAUCGAUGUGCCAACACACUGGAGCGAUAUUUUCAAACUAAGAUGAAGGAAAUUGGUUUGUGGGACAAAUGAUGUCCGCCCACACGGUUAGAAUUGAUGAAGGAUUCCGAGGACGACGAAGACGAUGAUAAUGAAGAACAGGAAGACGGUGAUAAAAUUUACAACAUUAAAAUCGGAACUACACACAAAUCAGGUUACGGCAUGAAAACCAAACCCGUUUCAUCUUGUACGAGAGAAACAAUUGUGGAACAUAGUGCUGAACAAUCGAAAAUUGGCGUUGCAGUUGAUAUGGGACUAAUCGAUUGAAAAUGCAAAAUUAGUGAUAUAUAAUACUGUUUAUACUGAACUAUGUAUUCAAUUAUCAAUGAAGUGCAUUCACGUAUUAUAUAAAAUAUUAAUAUCUA